UGGCCAAAAAAAGAUAUGUGACCCAGUGUAUUGUGGAUCUAAUGACACUAACCUCAUUUUUGGUUUCAGGUAUUUAUAUGUUGCAGACAUUUUUGGAAGCUGCAUUCACAUUUUGGAAGUACAAGAAGACAAAAACUUGACUCCUUUGAAGGUACUGCACUUGGGAACUUUAGUUGAUAACAUAGAUGUGGACCAGGAAACUGGUGACCUGUGGGUUGGCUGUCAUCCCAAUGGCUGGAAAAUGUUUAAUUAUAAUCCUGACGUUCCACCUGGGUCUGAGGUUUUGCAGAUAAAGAACAUCCACUCAGAGAAGCCCAUGGUUUUCAGGCAUAUGCAGAUAAUGGCAGUGUGA